AGACAAACCAUCCCAAAAUGGCCGCGACCACUGUAGUUCUCCAAAAAUGGCGGCUCCCGAGUUAAUUUUUUUCCGUACAACCUCUACGACUGUAAAGCGCAUGGCUUUUUGUGAGAGUUUUAUUGUCAAAAUGGCAGCUUGCGUGACGAGAAGGCUAGGACCUCAGGUGGCAAAAAUCGCUUCAGUGUCUCGGACUAUCCAUUGCAGCGCUGUGAAUCAGGGUGGUGGGGUAUGGAGAGUGAAGCAUGGUUUCCCUAUAAACCCUUCAAUUUACGGGCCUUUAACAGACCUUCCUGAUUGGUCGUUUGCUGAUGGGCGGCCUGCCCCACCUAUGAAAAAUCAUCUCCGCCGGCAGGAAAAGAACGAAGUGUUGGCUCGUCGUAUAGCCAUGAUCUCUGCAGAAAUCGAUCAUGGGCUUGAGAAGUGGGAGGCUAAGCAGAGAAAACGAGAGCAAGAGGCGGAGGAAAAGCGAUGCAACAGACUUCAGCGUAAAGGAGGCUUCCUAGAGCAGGACUCCAAAUAAAUAUUCUCCCACCUCCUCCAA